UCUCCCGCCGGCGGCCUACACCCUCCGGUCAGCCAACUGUCAGACGGCCUGGCAGCGCUGCGAGCCAAGCCAGCCAUCCGCCGCUGCCUGCAGAUCACAAACAAGCUAUUGCUGCUGCCGCCCAGAGUACACCCGGCUCUAUGGGUCCGCCACUCGCUCCAGCUUCUGCGUAUAGGACGAACGUGAGGCCACGGACCCCCAACGACCACGCGUCGCAGCACUCCAAGGACGCGAGCACUCGAGUGCGGGGUCGUCGUGAAAGCCAAACCUCCCGAAGGUCUUCGUUGUCGUCCUUUGCUUCUGAGCUGGAUGAGAGGUUCAACAUCCGCUCGGAUGGAAUGCCCCACGGUAUCAGUGCCGACACGGAUCCACGCAUGAUCCAGGCGAUAACUCAGACAAUGAUUGGAGAAUACCUGUGGAAAUACACCCGCAAAGCUGUCUCGGGCGAGAUGUCCAACACUCGCCAUCGUCGGUACUUCUGGGUGCACCCGUACACUCGCACGUUGUAUUGGAGUGACCAUGACCCGCAACUUGCCGGCAAGACCGAGCUCAAGGCCAAGAGCGUUCCCAUCGAGGCUGUCCGGGUGAUCACGGAUGACAACCCUUACCCUCCAGGGCUCCAUCGCAAGAGUCUGGAGGUGAUCAGCCCUGGCCGCAGAAUCCGAUUCACGGCGACGACAAGUCAGAGACACGAAACGUGGUUCAACGCGCUGUCGUAUUUGCUGCUCAGGACCAACGGCGACGAGUCGGAUGAUCACGAGCUCACGGCCGAAGACGUUGAUGAGUUCAACCCCACGUACCGGAGCAACUCUCGCCAGACCACCCAGCGACAUUCACUGUCGUCGUAUAACAGCAGGACAACGAAUACGUCCAAGAAUCGUGCGGCUUCGACAUUGUCGGUACGACCGGCGGCGACUCCGGGGCGCGUCUCCCCGUCUCCGAAUGCGCAGCAGAAUUCGACUCUGCGUGCGUCGGAGCAGGCUCGACAGAGUUCGACGUCCCGACUGAGCAGCGUCCUGACGGCGACGAUCCGAGGGUCGUUCUCCAGCCUGAGAGGCCGGCAUACUCCGGUGCAGACGGACAGCAUUUACGAUGCGAGUGUAGUGGACCAUGACAGUGCUGAGGACCUGAGGCAAGUGAUUGAGCGGCAAGAACGAGAGGCGGAUCGCCUGGAAAACGUUCGUGCCUGCUGCGAUGGUAAACACGAUGUUGGCUCAUUGUCGAGAACAAGCCGGUACAGCCCCGGGGUCAAGCGGUUUUCGCACCCGCACCCGCACUAUUGA